CCAAAUCGGUGUUCGACCAAAAAAAUUUGAGUAGAAAAUGCAUCGGACCUUGAACAGAUUUUCGGUACUCGACUAGCCGAGUCGACCCGAACGCGCUCCUCGGCCCUUCUCGGCCCUUCUCAGCCCUUCUCGGCCAGCGGGUAAGCGUCAGUUCGACUCAGACCACCAGCAGAGUAAGACGUACGCAGUUUGUUCGAGUAUUUCUUCCCAGAUUUAAACUUUUUCAUAUUGCUCUAGCCCUUAAUAAUGGGUCCAAAGAAAGACAGUGAUAAGGGGAAGGCAAAGAGGAAAACAGUGAGGACCACUAUUGAACUGAAGAAGGAAAUUAUAGCAAAAUAUGAAAGUGGUGUACGAGUGUCCGACCUCGCGUCGCAGUACGAAAUGGCAAAGUCAACCAUUUCCACUAUCUUAAACCAUAAGGAAGUGUUAAAGAAAGCUGAUGCUGCAAUGGGAGUGACAGCAAUUAGUAAGCAAAGGCCUCAGAUAAUGGAAGAAAUGGAGAAGUUGCUUCUUAUCUUCACCAAGGAAAAGAUGUUGUCAGGGGACAGCAUUAGUGAAGCUCUCAUCUGCGAAAAAGCUCUUCAAAUUUACGAAGAUCUAUUGAAAACUACUGGAGGUGAAAGUGCUAGUUCAUUUACUUUCAAGGCAAGCAAGGGAUGGUUUGAAAAAUUUAGACAUAGAACGGGAAUUCAUAGAAUUACCAGGCAUGGGGAGGCAGCCAGUUCGGACAAAGCAGCGGCUGUGAAAUAUGUUACAGAAUUCAGCGAGACCAUCAAGGCUGAAGAGUAUGUUCCUGAACAAGUGUUUAACUGUGACGAGACCGGCCUGUUUUGGAAGAAAUUGCCAGCCAAUACGUACAUCACAAAGGAGGAGACAAAAAUGCCUGGUCACAAGCCUAUGAAGGACAGGCUAACGCUGUUAUUGUGUGCCAAUGCUAGUGGAGACUGUAAGAUCAAGCCCUUAUUAGUGUAUCAUUCAGACAAUCCCCGUGUAUUCAAGAGAAAUAACAUCAUAAAAACUAAGUUACCAGUUAUGUGGCGAGCUAACACUAAGUCUUGGGUCACAAGACAAUUUUUUGCUGAAUGGAUCCAUGAAGUGUUUGCUCCCCAAGUUAAGGCAUACCUCAUAGAAAAGAAGUUGCAAUUAAAAUGUCUUUUAGUGAUGGACAAUGCCCCUGCACACCCUCCAGGUCUAGAGGAUGACUUAACAGAUGAAUACAGUUUCAUCAAGGUGAAGUUCUUGCCCCCCAAUACUACUCCCUUACUCCAGCCUAUGGACCAACAGGUAAUUGCUAACUUUAAAAAACUGUACACCAAGGCCCUCUUCCGAAAGUGUUUUGAUGUGACAUGUGAUACCCAGUUGACCCUUAGAGAAUUUUGGAAGGAUCACUUUAAUAUCCUCAAUUGUGUUAACAUAAUAGACCAAGCUUGGGGUAACGUCACUUAUAGGACAUUAAAAUCUGCAUGGCGAAAACUUUGGCCUGAGUGUGUACCUGAGAGGGACUUCGAGGGUUUCCAGUAUGAGGCUGGUCCAAGCACUGCUGCUGUUAUUCCUGCUGGUACAUGUACUACUGAAGAAAAUGCUGUCAUGGAGGACAUUCUUUCCAUGGGAAGAAGUAUGGGCAUUGAGGUCAACAGGGAGGACAUCGAUGAGCUUGUGGAAGGCCACUCUUCUGAGUUGACCACAGAAGAGUUAUUGUACCUGCAACAACAGCAACAGCAAGAUUUGGUUCAGGAGCAGGAAUCCUCAGAAGAUGAGGAUGUAAGAGAGGAGGCUUCCAGUGCAGUGAUCAAUGACAUGUGUGCUAAGUGGGGUGAGUUGCAGGCAUUUGUUGAAAAAUACCAUCCUGAUACAGCAGUCAGUAACCGUGCUGUGAUAAUUUUCAAUGACACUGUUAUGGCGCACUUCCGAAAAAUAGUGCAGAAAAGGCAGAAGCAACUGACAAUGGACAGGUUCCUUCUUAAAGAAAAGAGGAAGGCUACUGCCCAGCCAGAUUCACCUCCACGGAAGAGAGAGAGAAGGGAGAAAACCCCUGAAGGCGCGUUACCUAGCGUCAUCAUGGAAGGGGAUUCCCCUUCCAAGGAGUAACCCUCCCUCCCGUCCUCUCCACAUCCAUUCCUGUAUGCCAUCAACCACUCUCCAAAACGUAAGUAA